AUGGCAGUGUUCAGGAAGUUAAUACUUCUUCUCUGGAAGAAUUUCAUCUUAAAGAAGCGGAAGACUCUGGUAACAGUCCUUGACAUUUUGAUGCCGUUACUAUUUUCUGCAAUUGUAUUGUAUCUUCGUUUCAAUAGUUUACCAAGAAAAAGACCUUCUACUAACUACCAUGCAGUUGAUAUCAGUUUACUGCCAGACUUCUUCCAUAAUUUUCCUCUGAAAAAUAAAUUUCAACUAGUUUAUAUCCCUUCCAAAAGUGAAACUUUGAAGGCUAUCACUGAAAUGGUGGAACAAACCUUUGAUGUUGAGUUUGAAGUUCUAGGCUAUUCUUCAGUGCCUUUGUUCGAAAGUUACAUAAUUAAGGAUCCCAAAGCUUUCUACGUAUUGACAGGAAUUGUUUUUGACCAUAGAUUCAAUGACAGCAAUGAACCUUUGCCACUUGCGGUUAGAUAUAGCUUGCGCUUCAGUCACAUUCGGAGGAAUUAUUUACCGUUGAAGUACAUAUUUUUUGAAGAUGACAUACAAGGCUGGUGCACAUCCUUUCUUUAUCCUCCCAACCCAAGCCAAGGACCCCGGGAACUUCCACAUGUUGAUGGGGGAAACCCUGGAUACAACAAAGAAGGCUUCCUGGCCAUACAGCAUGCUAUCGAUAAAGCCAUCAUGUGGCACCAUGCUCACGAUGCGAUGACCAGCAUGUUUGAGAGUCUCGAUGUGCUUGUGAAGAGAUUCCCAUAUGGACCCUAUAUCCAGGACAACUUCUUCCUAGUCCUUCAGAAUGAGUUCCCUCUGCUUCUCAUGCUCAGCUUUAUCUGCAUUGAGCUUGACAUCAUCAACUCCAUUACACUGGAGAAGGAGAAAAAACUGAAGGAGUACAUGUGCAUGAUGGGACUGGACAGCUGGCUACACUGGGUUGCUUGGUUCAUCAUGUUCCUCAUUUCUGUCUCCAUUGCUGUUUCUUUCAUGACCAUUCUCUUCUGCACAGAGGUGGAAAAUGUGGCAGUGUUCAAGAACAGUGACCCUAGUUUGAUAUUUGUUUUUCUAAUGUGUUUUGCCAUUGCCACAAUUUUCUUUGCAUUCAUGAUAAGCACAUUCUUCCAAAGAGCCCACGUUGCAACUGCCUUAGGAGGGAUCAUCUUCUUCUUCACCUACGUCCCAUACCUGUACCUCAUUUUCAGCUACCCCCAGAGGAGCUCCUUGCAAAAGAUCGUGUCUUGUUUGUUCUCGAAUGUUGCCAUGGCACUGGGAGCCCGAUUCAUCUCCAUAUUUGAGGCAAAAGGCACAGGCAUCCAGUGGAAGAAUAUGGGCAAUGUGAGUGGAGAGUUUAACUUCACACAGGUGCUGCUGCUGCUGCUGCUGGACUCUUUCUUAUACUGCUUGAUAGCCUGGUACGUGGAGUCUGUCUUCCCAGGGAAGUAUGGUACACCCAAGCCUUGGUACUUCUUCGUCAUGCCCUCCUACUGGUGUGGAAAACCUGUACCUGUUACACAAUCACAGCUGUUCAUGGGGGAUCCUGGAAAAGCCCUGAAAAGCGAGUUCAUUGAGGAAGAACCUACAGAUUUGAUAAAAGGAAUUGAAAUCCAACAUCUAUACAAGGUGUUUUACAAGGGAAGGAGUGAACACACAGCAAUCAAAGGUAUGACCAUGAAUAUGUACAGGGGGCAGAUCACUGUUCUCCUGGGACACAACGGAGCAGGAAAAACCAGCAUCUGCUUCAUGCUCACAGGUCUUAUUCCACCUUCAAGUGGAUGGGUAUAUAUCAAUGGAUAUGAAAUUUCACAAGACAUGGCUAAAAUUAGGAAGAGCCUGGGCUGGUGCCCCCAACAUGAUAUUUUAUUUGAUAAUUUCACAGUAUCAGAACAUCUUUCUUUCUAUGCUCAGCUGAAAGGUUUAUCACUCCAGAAGUGUCCAGAAGAAGUCAAGCAGAUGCUGCACGUCCUCAGUCUGGAGGACAAGUGGAACUCCCAGUGCAGGUUCCUGAGCGGGGGGAUGAAGCGCAAGCUCUCCAUUGGCAGUGCCCUCAUAGCAGGCUCCAUGGUGUUGAUACUGGAUGAGCCCACCUCAGGCUUGGAUGCCAUCUCCAGGAGAGCCAUCUGGGAUCUUCUUCAGCAGCAGAAGAGGGACCGCACCAUCCUGCUGACCACCCACUUCAUGGAUGAGGCUGACCUGCUGGGGGACCGCAUCGCCAUCCUGGCCAAGGGCGAGCUGCAGUGCUGUGGGUCAUCACUGUUCCUCAAGCAGAAAUAUGGUGGAGGGUAUUAUAUGACUUUACUGAAAAAACCUCAUUGUAACACAGAGGACAUUUCUCAUCUGAUUUAUCAUCACAUACCAAAUGCAGUUUUGGAGUCCAGCAUUGGAGAAGAAUUAACAUUUAUAUUUCCUAAAGAGAAUGUGUACAGGUUUGAAUCUUUAUUUACUGACUUGGAACUGAGGCAGACAGAGUUGGGCAUCUCCAGCUUUGGGGUCUCUGUCACCACCAUGGAGGAUGUCUUCAUUCGUCUUCUCUGCCAGCAGUUCUAUGCCAUGCUACUGAAAAAGAUGAUAUAUUCUUGGCGCAACUGGUUGUUGAUGUUACCGAUACAGAUCCUGGUGCCUCUGGUGAUCACUAUAUUAAGCCUAACAUUUUUCAACUAUAAAGCAAGCAGCAUGGAAAGUGUCCCAUUGAAGCUGACUCUGAAAACAUAUGGUCGCACUAUUGUUCCAUUCUUCAUUUCUAACAGUUCUAGGCUGGAUCCUCACCUUUCAGAUCGCUUUGCAAGUAUGCUCGUGGCUGAGGGACAGAUUCCUCUGGAGGUCCCAGGUUCUAUAGACGAAUUCCUUUUGAAAAAGGCAAAUGAGGACCCUGAGAACUUUGAUAGGCUCUACCUAGUGGCAGCUUCCUUUGAAGACGUGGGGAACCACACAAUAGUGACAGCACUGUUCAACAACGAGGCGUACCAUUCCCCUGCCCUGGCUCUAGCUCUGGUGGACAAUUUUCUCUUCAAAUUGCUUUCUGGUGCCAGGGCUUCCAUGACUGUGACCAACCACCCUCAGCCUCAGUCAGCCAUGGAGAUGUUGGAGAAUAUCUUGUACCAGGGCCCUAAAGGACAUUACCUUGUUAUCAACUUGCUUUUUGGAAUAGCUUUCCUGUCUAGCUCUUUUUCCAUGUUGACAGUCAGAGAGAGACGCAUUAAGGCCAAGCAUGUCCAGUUUGUCAGUGGAGUUUAUGUGGCUACUUACUGGCUCUCUGCUCUGCUGUGGGACCUCAUCUCCUUCCUCAUCCCCACUCUGCUGUUGGUGGUGGUGUUUUUAUACUAUAAGGAAGAAGCUUUUACACACGAAGAAAACAUGUGGGCGGUUGUCUUGAUGUUAAUGCUGUACGGUUCGGCCAUUGUCCCCUUCAUCUAUCUGGUCAGCUUCUUCUUUGACAAUGCUGGUAACGCUUGUGUUAAGCUUGUCGUAAUGCUCACCUUCUUGAGCAUUGGUCCUAUCAUUCUCGUCUCAGUCACCGGUGAACAAGAGCUAGGCUUCACAACGAUCUCAGAGUCACUGGAUCAUACAUUCCUAAUACUUCCAGGCCACUGCCUGGGGAUGGCUUUCUCCAACUUAUAUUACAACUUCGAAUUACAGAAGUUUUGCAAUACCAAGAACCUGAACUUGACUCAGUGCAAUGAAGUUUGAUAUGUGAUCCAAAAGGACAUCUAUGCCUGGGAGUCUCUAGGGAUGGGGAAGUACCUAACAGUUCUGGCGAUCUUGGGACCUGUGUACAUCAUCCUGCUUUUCCUUGUUGAAAGCAAUAUAUUCUGGAAACUAAAAACCAGGUUUUCUGACCUUGGCAGCAAGGAAAGUUUGGCAGUGUUGCGCGAUGUAGCACUAGAACCUGAAGACAAAGACGUGCAAGAGGAGGCGAACGUUAUCGAGGCUUAUUUGGAAAAGCUGUGUGAGCAAAAUCCACUAGUUGUUAAAGAAAUAUCAAAGAUCUAUGUCAAGAAGGUGCCCCUGCUGGCUGUGAACAAGGUGUCCUUCACCAUUAAAGCAGGAGAAUGCUUUGGCCUUCUUGGCCUCAAUGGUGCUGGGAAGACUUCUAUUUUCAAAAUGCUGACCGGGGAGAAGCCCAUCACUUCUGGGGAUGCCUUUGUCAGGGGCCUCAGCAUCAGUGCUGAUGUAAGGCAGGUGCGGCACUGGAUCGGCUACUGUCCUCAGUUUGAUGCCCUGCUGAAUUUCAUGACCGGCCGAGAGACGCUGGUCAUGUAUGCUCGGAUUCGCGGCAUCCCUGAGCGCCACAUAAGUGCCUGUGUGGACCAGAUUCUGGAGGACUUAGUCAUGUACACGUACGCCGACAAGUUGGUAAAGACCUACAGCGGUGGUAACAAGCGGAAGCUGAGCACUGGCAUUGCCCUGAUCGGAGAGCCUACGGUCAUCUUCCUGGAUGAGCCAUCCACUGGCAUGGACCCUGUGGCUCGGCGCCUGCUCUGGAAUGCCAUGGGACAGGCCCGUGAGUCUGGCAAGGCCAUCGUCAUCACCUCCCACAGCAUGGAGGAGUGUGAGGCCUUGUGUACCCGGCUGGCCAUCAUGGUGCAGGGUCAGUUCAAGUGCCUGGGCAGCCCCCAGCACCUCAAGAGCAAAUUUGGCAGCAGCUACUCCCUGCGGGCCAAGGUCCGGAGCGAAGGGCAGCAGGAGAUACUGGAGGAGUUCAAGGCGUUUAUGGACCUGACCUUCCCAGGCAGUGUCCUGGAAGAUGAGCACCAAGGGAUGGUCCAUUACCACCUGCCCGGCCGCGACCUCAGCUGGGCGAAGGUGUUUGGCAUUCUGGAGCAGGCGAAGAGGAAGUACAUGUUGGACGACUACUCAGUCAACCAGGUCUCCCUGGAGGACAUUUUCCUGAGCUUUACCUGUCCUACUGUCACGGAGCCUGGAAACCACCGCUCCUAUCCUGUGCCCAGCACAGGCCAACCCGUGAAGCAAGCAGAUGUGGACUUCCCUUUCGGGAAGAGUUCCCACGAGGCGGGGAGGAGAGACGGGGGGAAGAAAGGACGGCACCCGGUACAGCCGCUGCCGCCAAACCCGGGGCUCCGCCUGAAGCACGCGGCGGGGUGGGGAGGCCGUGCGGGUCCGGAGCAGGGUCGCAGUCCCAGGGCCGGCCGAGGCACCGGGCCGGGCGCGGCGCCUCCUAGGAGCACCCUCGGGCCCUCAGCCGCCAGCCACCUGCACGGGACGGCUGACCCACGAGGGGAGGACAGGCCCACGCCCCUGCCCUUCGGACCAGAGCGGAGCUCCUCUGGGACCCCCGCACCGGCCGGCCCAGGAGGCGGGGCAGCCGCGCGAGCCCGGCAAUCAGCGGCCAGCGUUCGAAUUCGCGUCCUGGAGCGACCAAUCACGGGCGCCCACAGCAGGCGGGGCGGCCUGGGUGGGCGGGGAUCCCCGGCGCCGGCCAAUGAGAACGCCGGGCGCGUUUGA